AAAAAUCCGCACCACCCACCCGCCCCUACUCCAGAAAAGCAAUGGAGGACAACCAAAUGAUUUUUUUUUUCCGGCCUUAUAUAAAAUUGGGCUUUAUAGUAUGAUAAAUAAAGAUUCAUUUGGCAAAAUUAGUUAAUUUUGUAGGGCCUACCAUCACCUAAAAUAGGUUAUUAUUAAAUAAUGAUAAAAAUGACCUUCACUUCAAAUUUCAUUUAUGUUAACCAGUGGGUCGAGAGAGUUUGAACAUAGACUAUGGUUUGAAGCAGUGAGGAGGCCAUGAUUGUGAGGGGCCGAGCUGAUAAGGUAGCCUAUCUAAUAUGACUGAAGUUGUCGCAUAAUUUUAGCCAAGAUUUGAAGGAGCGUACUAAUUAUGAUAACAUUCGUGUUAGCCGCAGAUACAUGUUGCUUCCUGACUAAGUGGUUAUGUUGAUCAAACUUGGUGGGCCAGCCUUGGGUCGCUUAAGAUGAGCACAGCAACCUCCAACAAGGAGCCCAAGGUGAACACCUUCAUCAGCUCCGCAGCAGUCAUCAAGUUCUCCGGUGGUUCCGUCGGUACGGAACAAUGGACGGACUCAGAGGACGAGGAGGACACGCCCCAUUCCAGGACGUCACCCGACUCCCAGAAACCCCCCUUACGCAGCAGCAAGGAAGAUAAUGGCGCCCGAACAGUAGGCACAAUGGACACGAUGGAGAAGGGCUACAGGGAAAGGACUAAAGAGGCCGGUGUUCAUAGAGAUGUUAUUGCAAACGGGAAUGUGAAUCAUAAAAGAUCAGGCAACUCGAUCCAGCCACGGGUAUCACAUUCCCAAAGGAACACAGAUAGAAUUCUAACUCAAGGGGAUAGUGAUUCAAACUUGCCAUUUCGGUCGCAGCGGGGAAAUACGACUGAUUUACAAAGUGGUACUUCCAAAAAGAAGACAAUGGAAGAAAAUCUGCUGCCUGAAUCUCCCUUUCCUGAAGUGGAUGGUUUCGAAGUGGUUCCCAGGAGAAAAGGGAGCUAUGAAGAAUCUCACAAUCCAUUUUCAGAUGUGCCUUGUGAUGAUGAAGAUAAACACAUUCACAAUGAUCACCAUAAUGUUGGUUCAAGAAAUCAUAGCUUUGAUGAGAAGCACGGCCAUUCCUACUCCUUUGAGUCAGACUUGGAUAUCAGCUUGCCUUCAGAAGACCAGGAUCUGGCUGAAAUCACCAAUGAAGAUCUUGGAGUGGGACUCACAGAAAAUCACUUUUCUCAACCAGAGGGUAUUUUUGGUUUCUCUCGCAUUGAGGAGCUAGAGAUGGCUAUCGGGAACUGUAAAGAAGAAGUCAAGACAUCUCUAGAAAACUCGGAGAACAGGCGCAAGAUGGUCGCCAAACUCGUACAACUCAGACUUAAACUACUCCAGCUCCAAGAAGGGGAUGAAGAAGAGGAGAAGGAGGAGGUCAAGGUUGUUCUUGGUCAUCGUUUUUAUCGGAUGAAAGGAAAUAGUCGCAAUGACCACUGCGAGGUGUGUCUCUCGGUCAUCUGGACUCUCCUUCAGACGUGGUUCAAGUGUAGUGAAUGCAACUUUGGAUGCCAUGGCAAGUGCCUUAACCUAGUGAAACGAAAGUGUGUGAGUGCAAAGAUUUCAAGGCCUUGCUUUGAUCUCAAUAUUUGUCCAGAGAAAGGUCUCUCUGCUCAGAAGUACAGAUGUGCAGAAUGUAGAGCCCCACUUGCUUUCAAUGGAGUACCGACGGAACCUAGACUGUGUGAUUACAGCGGCCUGUACUACUGCAGCAUGUGCCAUUGGAAUGACCAGGAAGUAAUACCUGCAAGGGUCAUUCAUAACUGGGACUUUGAACCAAGAAGGGUGUGUCGCCAGUCUAAACAGCUCCUCAAACUAAUGUGCAGUAAGGCAGUUCUCAGAAUCCAGGACCUGAACCCUUUGCUCUUCAACUAUGUAGAGGAGCUCAGUCAGAUCAAGAAACUGAGAGGGGAGAUCCUGACCAUGAAGGUAUACUUCCUAUCCUGCCGAAGAGCCAUGGAGCAAAAACUACUCAAACAACUCCAGGUCAGACCGCACUUUGUAGAGAACAGUGACUCAUACUCUCUUCAAGAUCUGAUCGAUACAGAAGAAGGCAAUCUUCUCACAGAGCUAGCUACUCUACAUGGAGACUAUGCAGUACACAUACGAAUCGAUUGCCAGAUAUGUCAAGGCAAGGGUUUUAUAUGUGAGAUAUGCCAUUCCAAUGAGAUUCUGUUCCCGUUUGACAUGAUAGCUACAUUGUGUGCUACCUGCUCAGCCGUGUUUCACAGGGACUGCUUCUACAAGUGGUCAGGAGAUUGCCCUAAGUGUACCAGGCUGUCCCAACGAGCAUCUGCUGACCGGCCAGCCUCCAGCCCUGCAAGACCAAUCCAGAAAUGACCACUGUAGGAUGACCAUUGCAUGAUGACAUGUGGAGGAAAGUAUCAUUAUACUCCUGGAAAUCAGUGUUUCUCCUUUCCAAACUUGACCUUUAAUAUGGAUUUUGUUUGUUUGUUUUUUUGUUUUUUGUUUUUCUUAUCAGGCAUUUAAUAGUCAUAUUCAUGCAUAAUAAUAUUAACAAUUAAAUAUUAUGUAGUAUGUAAGAUCAAAACUAUUAAUUUUUAAAAAGACAUGCAAUGAUUGAUAACCAAGAUACAAAAAAAAAUUAUUAUUGGAAUAAAUAUGUAGUUAUCACCAAUAUAUGAAAUAUAUAGAUUUCCUAAGAUUUUAAUAUCGGCAUUCCUCUCAUCCCUUGAGAUAUACUUACCACGGUUACAUCCUUUGUUUGAUAAUCCCAUAAACUUGUCAUCUGCUCUUAAAAGCAGAAAGUCCCUUUUGCAGACUUGCAUAAACUCCAUGAAACUUGGCGAGUGUUUGAAAUAUAUCCUUCAGAAAUCAUGUGUGAAAUUUUACAGUUAAAGUUUCUGAAACUGCUUUGUAAGAAAUGAAAAUCUAUUGACAAAUAUUGGACAACUUUAGAAAGUGCAAUUCUGUUUGCAAAUACAUACUGGUAAUUCAAAUUAAAACUGAGAAUGGUGAAAGAUAUGUGAUCAAUGGAAAAUAUUUCAUCAAUGAAUAAGAAUAAAAGUA